AAUUCAUCCCGCUCCCCUUUAAAAAACAAUACUGCUGCAGGACAAAAAAUCCCAGAUAUAAACAUUUAAUAUGAUAUUCCUCAAAUAUUAUCUCUGGAAAAUCUGAAAUGAAAUUUAUGUAUUGGUACAACAUAGCAAUUUUAAAUUUUACAAAACCUCUGUCUGUGACAUUAUCUUUACACCUUAAAUACUUGAUAAAAUGAAAUUAUGAAAAAGUCAUAAAAGCUUUAAGUCAUAUAUUGCAUGUGCAGUGUGGAAUUAUUAUUGUUGUUAUUAUGGUUAUUGUUAUUAUUAUAGCAGCAAAGCUGUAGCACUGGUAUAGGGUAUAUAUAGGUAUAUAUAUGCACUCUAUCUAGGCAAAAAGCUGUUGUAGUUGCAUUUUAUUGCAUAGAACAUCCAUUUUCUUAAAUAUCUGAGAACUUCUCUUCAGUGUGAUCUCACCCCUUAGAAAUAUUUUCAAGUUCUGCCCUUAGUGUCACACAAACAUCCUGUACCUUUGUGUGACAGCCAGCACAGAAGGACACAUCCACAUUUUAUUUUAAAAAACAGGUGUUUAGUCAUUAGAAUGUAUUUACUCAAAGUUUAGAUUUGCUAGAAAGAAUCCUACCUAUUCAUGGAAUGGUUUUAUUGACAGUGAUUUGUGUUCUGAUCCCACCACUGCUUCUAUCGAGUUGCUGCAUGCUUCCAUGUUCACAAGGGAUUUUUUUAGGCCCAGUGGGUUUUGGGGAGUCGUUUGAAUGGAGAAACCCGUUAUCAGUGAUCCAAAGAUUUCCAUAAUGCUUGGGUGGAGAAGAAGACAAGUCUUGGGUGGUGCUGCCCCUGGAAGCUCUGUUCUGGGGUGGCAUUUUGGGUGUCAGAAUUCUGAGCCGCUCCGAUUCCCUCCCCGCAGGCGCUUCCCCACGGUCGAGCUGCGCGCAGAGACCUUCAACGGCGCCACGCACGUCCCCGUGCCCUCGGACGGCGCCUUCCUCGAGGCCCUGCUCCUGGAGCUGAGGCUGGUGGACGAGCACGUGUUCGUGGAGCAGCGGGACACCUGCACACGCAUCAACCACGCCUGCGUGCACGCCGUGGCCACCGCCGCCGGCGAGCUGUGGCCCGUGCUGGCCUUCCACAGGAGCGGGCUGGUGUACGCCUGCGUGCCGCUGGUGGAGGGCACGCUGGAGCCGCGGCCGCCGCUGCUGACGGUGCGCGGGCUCUCGCAGGGGCUGGCCCUGCUGCUGGGCCUCAUGGACUACGUCUCUCCCAGCAGGAAAAACGAGGCUGAGCUGAAUGCAAAGGUGGGGCAGCUCCGGCAUCUGCUGAUCCAGGCCUGCCCCCUGGGCACCCCCCUGAACACCAACAUCCGCGGCCUGAGCGGCUCCUUGGAGGACAUCCAGGAGAUGCCUGCGGAUAAGGAUCAGCCAGCCUGGAGAUCCAGCGCCUACAAGGGCAAACCUCAGGUCAAUGUCUGCAUCACCGAGAAGGUCAAGUGUAUGCAGUAUGACCAGAGGGAUGUGGUGGACACGUGGCAGGUUUAUGGAGCUGUGAACUGCAAGUGUGACAUCGAGGGGUCUGCACCCAGCGUCACCCUCAGCCUGAGCCUCCCGACGAACGCGCCCCCGCUGCAGGACAUCGUGGUCCACCACUGUGUCACCUCCGUGGACCCUGCCAUGCUGCUGUCCACCAGUGCUGAGCCCCUGCACGACUCUGUGUACAACGGGCCUUACAAAUUCCCCUUCAUUCCUCCCUCAGAGUCCUUCAACCUGUGUUACUACACUUCCCAGGUUCCUGUUCCACCAAUCUUGGGAUGUUACCAACUCGUUGAAGAGGGAUCACAGAUAAAAAUAACAGUUAAUUUAAAGCUCCAUGAAAGCAUAAAGAAUUCUUUUGAGUACUGUGAAGCUCGUAUACCUUUCUUCAACAGGGGCCCCAUUGCUCAGUUAGAGUACAAAGUGAGUUAUGGCCAGCUGGAUCUGUCCCGGGAGAAGAGUCUCCUGGUCUGGGUCAUUGGACAGAAGUUCCCCAAAUCCUUGGAAGUUUCCCUGACUGGAACUUUGUCUUUCGGCACCGCAGGCAAAGAGCACCCGACUGAUUAUGUGUGCACUGGGAACACUGCUUAUGUAAAACUGUAUUUUAGGAUCCCAGACUUUACACUUACUGGAUGUUACGUAGACCAGCAUUCUGUUCAGAUCUUUGUUCCAGGGAAGCCCAAAAUUACUGCCUCCCGGGAACUGAUUUCUUCCGAUUACUACAUCUGGAAUUCCAAAGCACCAGCACCUAUGGUGUACAAGCCCUUACUUGACUAAUGUACUUGGGAAUAAUUUUUAUAUUUAAACAAAGCACAGUGUUAAUGAGAUUUAUGUAAUGAUACUGUAAAUAAAUAUUCUUCAGCACUUUUGCUUUCUGUGUGUUCUUGAAAAUUCCUGUUGAUGGAAAAGAAGAGGUCACUUGUCUUAAAAACAUGAGAUGGGUUUAAAUUGUUGAAUCCUGGCUGACAGCCUAGAGAGGACAAUUUGAAAGCACUUGCUGUGUCUGGUUUUACUUUCCCUUCUAAGUUUAACUGGUACAAAAUACAUCCCUGGUGUCACAGGUACAGACAUUGAGAUUCCCAGUUACUCCCAGUUACU